CGAGUUUAGAAGCCUCUGGGUGGUUGGCUUGCGAGAGGAGGUUGAUAGUGUCUGUGGUUUGGUAGUAGUGGUUUGUGUCGUGCUUCUAGUGGUCCUCAAGUGAGCAUUGUAGGGGUGUGCUUAGGUGACCCCCAUGCAUACCAUGGGAUGAGGGAAGGCAAUUUGCCCUUAAGGACUAUAUUAGAAAAUUUUAUCAACCAUGUGGAUACGCUGGAGGCGAAGAGAAGCGAAGGAAAUGAUCAGUAUGAAGUAGAGUUUCAGGAAUUGAAACAGCUGACCGAGAGUCUCAGAGGACGAAGUGAUUUUUCCUGCACCCAAGGAGAAAAAGAUGUUAACAGAAGGAAAAAUAGAUACAAAGACAUCCUUCCUUAUGACUACAGCCGUGUUGUCUUGAGUUGCUUUCCUGGAGUGCCUGGCAGUGACUACAUCAAUGCCAACUUCAUCAGAGGGGCCAGUGGCUCCCGGGCCUAUAUUGGCUCCCAGGGACCACUGGCCCACACUGUGCCUGACUUCUGGAGGAUGGUGGUGGAGUGUGAGGUGCAGGUCAUUAUUAUGGCCUCCAAUGAGACAGAGGGAGGCAAGCAUAAGUGUGAGUGCUACUGGGUAAACAACCAGAAUGAGGAGCGGCAGUUUGGCACCGUCAGGGUAACAUUUGUGAAGGCACGGCAAGUGUGCCCGGACUUCAUGGUGCGGACUCUCAAGAUUAAGUACACCACUGACAGUGGCACUGCUGAGGAGCGCACCAUCUGCCAGUUCCACUAUGUUCUGUGGCCAGAUCAUGGUGUGCCGGAGACAGUGCGGCCCCUGCUGGACAUGGUGAGGCUGGUGAGGGAUUGCCAAGCCUCAGAGACUCUGCCAGUACUGGUGCAUUGCUCGGCUGGCUGUGGACGCACUGGGACCAUCUGUGCUAUUGAUUAUGUGUGGGGUCUCCUCAGAGCUGGGCGUCUCAGUGAAAAGCUGGACUUGUUUGGGCUGGUGAAGGACAUGCGGCGGCAGCGGGUGGCGAUGGUGCAGACUCAGGAGCAGUACAUUCUUCUCCAUCGUGCUGUGAGGGAACUGUUCAAGGAGAGACUGAAAGUGAUAGACGCUCACCCGUAUGAGAACAUUGCCACCGACGGGACGCCACUCAUCCUGAGGGAGAAGGAGAGUGACUAUGAAGAAUUGUACAUAAGGCCAGAGAAGCAAGAUGAGAGUGCUAAGGUGACACCAUCCUCCACCAUCUCAAUUGUUGCUUCUACCACAACGGGGAAUAUCACUUGCAAUACUCACUCUCAAGACAAGCAGCAAACAGACAACCCUAGGACCCACAGUAGCUCUCCGGGUGCUGUGUUGUCACUACAGCGCAAACUCACCAAGAUGCAACCCUUGUCCCAGGGUGGUCUCUGUCCCCACAGCCAAUCCUCCCCUCCACCAAAGCCCUUGCUUCUUUCGCCCCCCUCCAUGCCCACAGCCUUCACUGUGCCUUCUCUGUCCCCUAACCAGGCACACCUUAGCUUUGUGGGGCCAUCAGUGGCCACCAAGCAGGGCCUAGUGUCAUCCCCUCAAUGCCUGACUGUCAGCUCCAAGCAAGAAAAGGAGGCAGAGAAUGUUACCCACAAGCAGCAGAUCAACCAGCUGUCCCUUUGUGAUGCACAUGAAAUUGUUGUCUCCAAGAAUGUAUCUGGGCCACCCCCAGCCUUGCACUCCCUCAACUUGGUGUCUGUCCCACCCCCAGCCAAGAUCUGCAGUCCCAUGCCCAGGACAACCACCACCACCACUGCUACCAAGAUGUGUGACACUGCCCAUAGGACUGAUCUGGGUCAGCGGCCAAGCAUUGCGCAACUAAAGGAGAUGUUUGAGCGGUGCUGCCCGGCAGAGGGUCAGCCUGUACCCCGGCUAAGCCGCAGUGCCAGCAGCGUGACCACCCGGCCUGCCCUCAGCAUCCACCCUGCCAUAGAAGCAGGGCACAAAAUCAAGCGGAAGAGCAGCCUUGGAGCGGAGGAGACACUGGCCACGAAGAAGGCAUACAAAGUCAUUGAGAAAUACCACCAGCUGGAGGGCAGUGGCAGUGAUGGUGGUGGUGGUGGUGGUGGUGAGGCAAGUCCGGAUGCCAGCCAUGCCUCUUUUAGCCAGGCUCACUCCUCUCCCUCAGGCCACCAGGGAGACAGCCACCUCAAUGCCCCAGAGGACGGCUCCACACUGGCUCUCCUGGCCCGCUUGGAUGAGCGUCCGGCACUGCCCGUCAAGAAGAGCAAGUCGUUUCGCUAUGUGCGACCAGGGAUGGCCGCUGGACGAGCCAUAGCUAUCCCCAGAAGCCCAGAGCUGGCCAGGAAGAAGGCAGACAUCAAUGCUUACUUCAGUUUAGAUCCCUGUCGUCUGGACAGUGUGGCAGCCACCCGACACGACAGUUGUGGUGGUAAUGGUGGUGGGGCCUUCCUGGGUGAUAUGCCAUCACCACGGGAAGGCUUCAAACUGUCUGUGUACCAGGUGCCUCCUCUGUUGGCUGAAUCACAGGCCAGCAGGGAGGAUAGGGGUGAUACACGGCCACAGAUUCCUCCAAAGCGGCUCAUUGGGGAGAAACUGCGUGCUAUUAAACCACAUUUUCUUAUCAACUCACAGCUUCCUUUCUCCUCUCCAUCUUCCUUCUCAUCUUCUUCCUGCUCCACAUCUUCCAUCUCCUCUCCCUCCUCCAUCCAUCUGUCCCAAACACAAUUAAUUUCUUCUUCAUCUCUUCCAUUUUCAUCACAGAUUGCUUCCUCCUCUCAAAUAUUCACCAACUCCACUUCACUUUGCCAGCUCAGACACCUGCCUGUCACACCUGCCUCCUCCACAUAUCUGGCACACUCACAUCCUACACCUGCAUCCACACCCAUCAAUUCUUUAUAUGCUACACCUGUAGCUGCCCUCACUCUAACCACCACCAUCACCCCUUACAUCACAGAUGCCUCCACUGCCUCUGCUACCAUCACCUCCACAACAACCACCACAACCACCACCACCACCACCACACUCACCAAUAUCACCACCACAAACUCCUCCACCACCACUAUCACCACCACAUCACCCACAACACCACCAGUAAUCCACAACUUUAGUAGUUCAAGGGAGAUGCAGGUUCCCUCAUGCCAAUCCAACCAAGGCCACCCUCUCUUUGCCAAGCAGCCAGGAACCACCAAUGCUGCCACCACCACCAUCAUCACUGCUCCUACCACCACCGCCACCACAACCAUUGCCAUCGCCACCGACACCACCACUGCCACCGCCACCGCCACCGCCAUUGCCACCGCUACCACCACCACUACCACCUCUGCCAUCCCAGUGCAGUCUCUCCCCACAGACUGCCAGGAUUCAAUUGCUGUGAAGGACUAUGUGAAUGCCAGGCUGGUGCAGCAGCCUCAGCGGUGCCUGUAUGUGCCUCUACCAGCCAAGAGGGCCACACUGGAGGGUCGGCCCCUGCGAGAGUAUGCAAACUGCUCUCUGAGCGAUCAGAGUCUGGGCAGAUUGGAGGAUCCUGAAGUAUCCAGCUCAGCAGAGGAGGCCAAGGCAGCCAUGUAUGAUAACUUGAGGCUCUCUAAGGCAGAGUGUGGCUCUGUGGCAUCUGGAGCGGCUGUCCCCAGACUCUUGUUCAACCCAGCAGCCUCAGACUGUAGCAGCAACCUGACUUCACCCAACACAGAGGGGUCAGGAGACUACGAAGUGAUGGACUUUGGGGAGUCCAGUGCCAGUGUGGAUGAGGUGUUUGAAACUGUGAACUAUCAGCUGGUGACUAGUGGGAACAGUGGUGACCAGCAGCAGCAGCAGCAUCAGGGGAGCACUAGAGAGAUGGAGGGGUGUCGACGGAACCUGGAUGUGGUGGCCCAGCAGGUGUUCCAGGCAUGCAGGGAGUACCUGCAGCAAGGGAGUGAUGGUGCUGAUGUGAAGGAGGUGGCUAGCAGGGUGGCUGUGGCACCGCAGGGACUACGCACAAGAGAGCGGCGCAACAGCUACCGCCAGGCUGUCAACCACCUGCUUAGGGGGGAGGCUGCCCCCUUAGAGUCCCAGUCUGGCCAGCUCCCCCCUCCUGCUCUCCCUCCUGGUGCCCACAAGUAUGAGACCAUCUGGUUUGAUAGCAUGCCACAGCUGACUCGUAGCAGUGGCCACAGCCCCAGCAGUCCCAGUAGCCACAGCCAGGAGCAGGAGGGGCCCUUUGCCUCACCAGCUGAAGACUUCUGGGCCAACCUGGAUCUGUACAGUGGGAGCAGCAGUAAGGAAGUGCUGUUCCGGGAGAAGCUGGAGGAGCUGCACUCGCUGGUAGCUGGCCUAGGGAAGCCUGGCCACCCAGAAGAGGACGGCCCUUCCAAGGGUAGUGGCAGUGGAAGUGGCAUCAGUAGCCUAUCUUCCCUGUGGCAUGCACCAGAGGUCCCCAAUGCCCCAGAACUGCAGUGUAGUGGAGCCUCGCAGCAGCUGUCCCCUUCACAGGGCACAGACCGAGGAGCAGUGGGACUGAUGGGGCAGCUGUGCCCCACCCAGCCAGACACAUCACAGCAGAAUGGCUCCCUUCCACCAAGUAGCCUGUGGGGUAAACCAUUGCUGCCCUACAGUUGUGCCUUGCCCACUGUGCCUGUCUGCCCACCCCACUGCAAUAUGCCUCCCUCUGAGACCAUUGCCUCAGUACAGGAGCCACCAGUAGUGGUGCAACCUCCCCACUACAGCCUGGCUCAGCCCCGGAACACAGCAGUAGGAGGCAAGGGCAGUGUGGUACCUCACACCAAGCUACUGCCUGCUGUCAGGAGCCGCUUUCCACACCCACACUGCCAGGAAGCAGGGGUGGCGGUGGACCACACUUAUGUUGGGGACAAGUGCAUUCCACUACGGCAGGGCAGGGCAGACUUGGCUCUGUGCAGGGAGGAGAGGGAAGCAUGUGAUACACCCCUGGCACCACCAAGGGUCAAGCGGACCUCUUUCAUUGGCACAGGGCGUCUCAGUGGUGCCUCUGACCCCUCACUUGGCUCACAUCAGCAGCAGCAGUGGUGUUUAUCCAUUGCUAGAGAUGCCUCUCAACACAACACUCGCACAAUCAAGCAGGUUGAGACGAAGAGGGAUGAAGAGCCUCCGCCACCAACCGUCCCUGCCAAGACAGCUGCUGCAUUUGAGUUUCUGGACUCUCCGCCUGAGCCUAUGCCUCCCUGCAGCCCUCCACCCCUCCACCCACACUACACACACCUGCCUCCACCCAAGCCUCUGCCUGACUCAGCUGUCUCUGGACAACGAGCCUUCCCUGUUGCCACAGUCGCCACACCGCAGAGACAGCUGGGUGGUGAUGGGGAGCUGCUAACUGGGGAAGAGACAGUGGUGGGCUGCAGUUCGUCAGACUCCUCAGAUGAAGAAGGAAUCUUCCACAAGUUCUCCGCACCAAACAUCUUCAGAAGGUGGCGGAGUGGAGGGAGUGGUGGAAGGCAAGUGGCUCCAGCCUCUCCCAAAUCCACCUUCUAUGAAGGGUGGGAUGAGUCUGUAGAGGUGCCCACAACCGCCUUGGCCUCCCCCAAGCCCCUGGCCAAGGCUUUUGGCAAGUUGAGGAUAAACUCUCGGUCUAUGGCAGCCAACUUCAAGUCUUACCUGAGCCAACGUAGCAGCAGCCAGGCUGAGGCAAGCGAGGUAGAGGCCACAGGAAAGACUAAUGGCUUCUCCUGUGUCACCUCCGUCCCUGCUGCUGCCCCGUGGAGACCCAUCCAUAAGAGUGUCAGCUCAGGAGCCAGUCUCUCUCCCUUCUCUCAAGUGGCCCAGGACUAUAAAUACCCAAAUGCUAUACCAAAGAAACCUUCCGGGCCAAGGGAGCUGCCAGUGGUGUUGAGAGGAUCGACAUCAGCUGUGGGAGUGGAUGGGCCGGUCAGGGUGAAGCUGGAGCCUCCCAGACAGCAGUACCUAUAGGCAGCAGUUAGCUGGGCACUUUCCAGCUACCACCUCUGCCACUCCCACCUACCAUGCUGCUAAUCUAGUGCUGUGCUGCCUUCACCUGCUAUUAUACCACAACACCACACCCUUCUGCUGCUACUCAUGCUGAAAUCUCACACUAAUCUUGUUCAAUUUAAAUACAUGAACUUGUGAAUAUCAUUAAGAAAACAUAGUUUUCUA